AGUGCUACCUCAGCUAUCAUUCAGUGACUAGCAUUUCCAAACGUGAGUUAACAGAAUUUUAAAACGCAACAAAUCUAGAGAUGAUUCUAAGCGAUUGCCUUUUAACGACCCUUGCUGGAGUUUUCCUGGCCUUAAUUAUCACCUUCAUCGUCUACUACAAAUGGAGUUUCACCUACUGGAAAAAUCUAGACGUCCCAUAUGUGAAACCCACGAUUCCUCUGGGAAAUAUUGUUGCUCCAUUAAAGGAAAGAGUACAAUUCGCAGUCGUGCUAAAGCACAUAUACGACGAACUGAAACGCAAGAAAGCUCGACAUGGUGGCAUAUAUAUUUUUUCUAGUCCCGUCUACAUGAUAAUCGACUUAGAAUAUGUGAAGAACGUACUAAGAAAAGACUUUAAAUAUUUUAUGGAUCGUGGAAUGUAUUACAAUGAAAAAGAUGAUCCAAUCAGUGCUCAUCUGUUUACUCUUGAUGGAGAAAAAUGGAAAAAUGUGAGAGUUAAACUUACUCCGACUUUCACUUCUGGAAAAAUCAAGAUGAUGUUUCAAACUCUUCUUGAUUGUGAAAAAAAUCUUCAUGAGACAAUAGAAAACUUGCUUACACACAAUCAGCCGUUAGAUAUGAAAAUACUUCUUGGUUGCUUCUUGGACGUUAUUGGGUCCUGCGUCUUUUCGAGAACAUGGUUUGAAGGUCUGCAAUAUGUCAAAAUGGGAAAAUUUAGUCUUUUUCUUAUGUAUAACUUACCCGAAACUGGCGAGAACGUUAAGAGUAAAAGCUGUGGCUAAAAGUGUAUCUG